AUCGAACAUGUGCAUGCAACAAAGCCGUGAUCUUGUUCUGGCAGACCAGCCUUGUAUUGUCUUCCAUCUGUUUGUGGAGUGAAACUCUGUUCCAACAGAUCCUUAACGUGGAAACUCAAAUAACAUUAUGGUCGGUAUCUUGCAUCACAAACUCCGUAAGGAUACGUAUUUACAAGUAAAUAAAUUUAAAGUCCUUACUCCUGUUCACUUUAGCUUGCUCUACGUUUCUCCAGCUGGCAACAAUUGUCAGAGCAGAAAUGACUGGCGGAGAUCCGAGCUGGUCUUUCCAAUUUGAUCAGCUUGGCCUGUAAGGCUGAAACCCCUUAACGCCACGAACCACGACCUAUCCCAACGACAUUUCUAUGCCGGUCCACCUUUUUUGAGACAGUCACAUCUCUCAAAAUGGGCCAGCCGCGCUCAACGGAAAUGGAAUGGAAGGACGUUGUCAUCGUUGGGAACCACAGAAACUCCAGUGAGGAUGAAAGCGAUGGCAACAAGGAAUCAGACAUCAGCGCGGACGAAGUAGUGGAUCUCCGAAACGAAAGAAUCUCAAAGGAUUUUGCAAGGCAGCCGUUCUCAACGAGUUCGAAUCAUCAACACCACCGGACUAAGUCAAAAGAUGUGGAUGGAGAUCCGAUCACAGCUGUUACGACCCGUGAAGAAUUUCCAACAUCAGCCCAUGGGUUCUUCAAGCAUGAGAAUCUUACUGCGACAAACACAACGGUGUAUUCAGAAAGCAAAUCGUUGACGAACAAAAACGUCAAUCUCAUGGAUCACUUGUCCAUAGUCAUCGGACCUCCCGUGAUACUUAUUCUCGACCUUGUGGUUCCCUGUGCUAUCUAUUACUCUUGGCUUCACAUCGAACGCAAGAAGUGGCGUCAGGGUGGGAUGCUGGGCCCUAAGCCGGUCUACAAUGAACAUAUUCUAGGACUUUCGAUCAUAUCAUUUGGCUUUGGCGAGCUCUACAUUCUUAUUGUGCGGAUUGUCCGUCUGAUCAAGGACUGGGAAGGAUGUGCUCCACUCUUAUCAAAACACAAGUGGGAACUCGAUGCUACAUGCUGGGUAUAUGGUUCUGCACUUCUUGUUGCACUUAUACCCUUCACAGUCGCGACAACUGCGCGAAACGAAGUCAUCCCAUGGUUAUAUCUCUGGUCUCCCGGAUUUCUCAUGGCUUUCCUCGGACUAGUGGCCGUGGUUACCCUCAUUCCCAUAAAAAUCCCGGUGCGAAUUAAUUCGGAUCCGAAAGGCUCGCGCAUGAAACCUAUUGUAUACUAUGCGGCUGAAGACUUCAUCUCGGUGGACAACUUUCAAGGUCGUGCAUUUAGGAAACGGUUCAGACAGCGCUAUGAGGCAAAUCCAAGAAUACGACGGAUGAUCCUUCAUCUGACAUUGUUUUGGAUCGGUGGUAUAUGCAUGUACAAUGGUUUGAUCGCCGCCAUCGUUUUCAAUCUAGAGUUUGAGUAUGCGUGGGGCACUAGUCUGGGUGUGUUGUUUGCGUGGAUCUUGUCAUGGGCUGGGACCACAUUUCUCUGGGUGAGGAGGAUCGUUGACAGAGAAAAGAACAAUGCGAGGCAAGAGAAGGCUAAGCGUCUCAGUGCAAUCAUGGAGGAGAGGCUGAGCAUGAUGAUUGAGGACGCAAAUCGUGGCCAACCAGAAGCUGUGUAGAUUGCGCGAGAGAUUUCUGCGGGAUCAUAGUAUGCUGGUUAUGGCACAUUGAGCAUUUCGUGUAGCAAAGCAUUCAACAUCCACAUAUUAACAAGAUGAUCUGGAUGGCUAAAAGUCAUCAGAUCCAUAUACAUAGUAGCCAAUAAAUAGCAUUGUCUUUCGGAGUUUCGUUGUGAG